AUGAGUGCAGACAAUCAGGGCGCUUUCUGCGGGCCCCGAAUCUGCGAUGUGGGUAGCCGGGGCAUCAUCAAAUUGCCUUGGGGCGGUGACGACGAGCAAGAGUGGCCGGAUGGUGUGCGAGCCCCCCUCUAUUUCAUCGCUUUGGUGUGGUGUUUCUUGGGCGUGGCGCUCAUCUCGGACGUCUUCAUGGGCGCUAUAGAGCACAUCACGUCGAAGAGGGUGCGGAAGUUCUCAGCACAGCGGGGUCGCUACGUCACCGAGAUGGUGUGGAACCCCACUGUGGCGAAUUUGACUCUUAUGGCGCUAGGUUCCUCCGCGCCCGAGAUACUGCUGAGUGUCAUUGAGCUGUUGGGCAACGAUUUCUACAGCGGCGACAUGGGUCCUUUCACCAUCGUAGGGAGCGCUGCCUUCAACCUCUUCGUGAUCAUCGCCGUCUGCGUAAUGUCGAUACCUGACGACGAUCUGCGGAGCAUCAAGGAGAUGCCUGUGUACUUCACCACCGCAAUCUGGUCCUUGUUCGCUUACGGGUGGCUGCUCGUGAUCCUGGAGGGGUCGUCGCAGAACGUCGUCGAGCCCUGGGAGGGGAUGCUGACCCUGGGCUUCAUGCCGGUGCUGGUCUUGAUGGCUUUUCUGGCGGACAAGGGGUACAUAUUCAGCAUGUGUUCUGAUGCGGGGAGCGCCGAAAAAGGUGUCGUGGCAGAGUGCAUGUCCAAGGACGAGUUGGCCGAAGCCGUUGCUAAGAUGCGGCAGGAAUACGAGACGGCGGGUGCCAAGCCUCUCUCGGACAAGGUCUUGGCCAAGCUCAUCGACCAUGAAUAUUCUCAGGGUCAUAGUCGUGCGCACUACCGUGUGGGAGCGAUCCGUGCCAUCACUGGAGGAAAGCGCGUAGGACCCAAACGUAGCGCCACUCUGAUUGGACGAGCACUCGAGCGCAGAUUGAAAAAAGUGGCGCCUGAACCAGAAGGGCAGAAGAAAGACGGCCAGGUCAUGGACUUGGUAGACGAAGGGGCAGCGAAGAAAACCAUUAUCCAGUUCGCUGCUCUCAGUUAUGCUAUGGUCGAGAACCUUGGUCCCCGCGAGGUAUUCGUGGAACGGAGUGGCAACCUUGACAAGAAGGUUCGGGUCAAAUUCAGCACCCGCGAGGGGACGGCGAAGGCGUGCGAAGACUACGUACAUCAAAGCGGUGAACUUAUCUUCGAUAUAGGCGUCGAGUCGCUCUCCAUCAAGCUCGAAAUCGUCGAUGACACUGCGUUCGAGAAUAACGAGGAGUUCUUCGUCGACCUUCGGGACCCUGACAUUAUUGAUGCCGAUGGGAAGAUCCUUAGCGCCGAUGCUUGCGGAGGAUACAGAGCGGAGAUAGGCGAGAAGGCCACCACGACUAUAGUGAUCAUCGACGACGACUUGCCCGGACAGCUUCGUUUCAAGGGCGAUCAGAAGGGGAAUGACAAUAUCACCAUCAAGGAUGGCCCCGAGGAUUUCACAGUGAAUUUGCGCGUCGAGCGCAGCAACGGUUGCGCUGGCCAGGUGAUGUGUAAAUAUAAGACCGAGGACGCGUCCGCGAAGGCGGGGAUUGACUACGUGGCGACGGAAGGGACGCUCGUGUUCGAGAACGGAAUAAUACAACAGACCAUCCCGUGCAUCAUCAAGGGUUCAGCCCGCUACGAACGCAAGGAGGUAUUCCGCGUGGUCCUCUCGGACGUGGAGGGCGGCGCCACGUUCGAUCCUGAGUGCGACGGGAGCCAGGACAAUUGCUGCAUAUUGUCAGUCAUCAUCGAGUGCAGCGGGGGAAAGGCCAAGGAGCGCGUCGACUACGUCUGGCACAAGCUUCAGCGAAGGUGGGACAAGUCUCGGCUCGGACACACCAGUUGGAAGGAACAGUUCAUUGGAGCGUUGUAUGUGAAUGGUUCGUCGCCGGAGGAGCACAAUCUGGGAAGUCAGAACCCCAACGAGCUCAUUUCUCCGACGCAUUCGGAUACGUCUUCGAUGUCGUCACUGUCGCUAGAGGUGGCAGAGGAGCCCAGCUUGUCAGACUACGUCAUGCACAUCAUCACGCUUCCCUGGAAGCUGCUCUUCGCUUUCGUGCCGCCAACCGAGUACUGCGGUGGCUGGCUCUGCUUCGUGUGCUCACUGGGAAUGAUCGCGCUCAUCACCGCCCUCAUCGGUGACCUGGCCGCACUGUUUGGCUGUGUGCUUGGUGUUCCGGAUGAGGUCACCGCGAUCACAUUCGUUGCGCUUGGUACUUCUCUGCCCGACCUCUUCGCGUCAAGAACGGCAGCGGUGCAAGAUCCCACUGCCGACGCGUCGGUUGGCAACGUCACAGGCAGCAACUCUGUCAAUGUCUUUCUCGGGCUGGGCCUGCCAUGGACGAUGGGUUCGCUCUACUGGUCUUGGACAGAGCCCGAUGCCGCGUGGAUCGAGAAGUUCGCACCACCAGCGGGCAUCGAGUCCCUGGUCCCGAUCCCGCCGCGCUUCCGCGGCGGAGCCUUCGUUGUCAGGUCGGGCGCGCUCGCCCCCAGCGUCGCCGUGUUCACCUGCUGCGCCCUGGGGCCAUGGGCCUGCUCUACCUGCGCCGGCGGCGCUUGGGCGGCGAGCUGGGCGGGCCGAGGCACGACAAGGUGCUGUCCGCCGGCGCCCUCGUCUGCCUGUGGGUGGUGUUCGUGGCCCUGUGCUCCCACUUCGCCCUGGACCAGCGGCUCUGCGACUGAGGCGCCGGGGCCGCCACGAGGCUCGCUCUUCGCCCCCCCCCGGAGCGGUGGCGUGCCCCGGCGAGGGGCCCUCCCCCGCGGAAGCUAG